AUGAAGACAGUGUACCUGCAAUUUGAGACGACUUUGUUGCCAUGUUUGCCCUCAAGGAAGCUUCAAGCUAUUGACCGUUCUCCCCACCCUUCUCAUCAGAUUGAUGUGGACAGGCAUGCUAGAGAUUUCAUGGAGGCUGCUAAGAAGUUUCAGUUAUACUUCCUUGGCUUGCAACGUGAGGAUCAACCAACCAAAGCUGAAAUGCUCAGAAAAGAGAUAGCAACAGUGGAAGAAUUGAAAAUGAAGUCCGAGAUCAUCAAGAAUCAGGAGAGUCUGAUCCAAGGAUGGAGAAAGGAUUUGAGUGACCAACUGGUUAAACAUAAUACUGAAUUGGAGAGAGUAUAG